AUGUCAGGUUUUGCAAGCUUCGCACAGAACAGUAAAUCUAUGAGGGGGAGGAAUAAUAGUAUAAGGACGCAUAAGGAAGGGCUGGCUGGGCUACUUUCCCCAAGAGUUGGGGAUCCACCAGCUCUUCUAUACGAUCCUUCUCCUUCUUUGGAACAGCCAUUGUAUGAGAGAAGUCUUAUCCGUAUGGUAUGUAGCCACUAUCGGUCUAGUGUAGCGUGUCUCUCUUCACGGGAUCCUCUGCCCUGUACAGAGCUGAUCACCCAAUCACAGCCGUCUUGUGCUUGCAAGUCUCGAUUGCCCUCAAAGCGUAGCCUUUGCUACCUCGGUCUGGAAUCUAAUCUAAGGAUCUUUCUCAGUACCGCUGACGGUGGCGUAGGAAAGACUGCUCAAGAGACACACUGGAUCCCGACUCUGCGCUGGUCCCUACUUCCGAUGUCCCCGGCUGUAUCGAGUCCCGUGGAUCUUGCAUUCGUUCUGAGCGUGGAAAUCUUCUUUGCUUUCUUUAAGUUCCUUUCUGUCCAUGCUUGGGGUUCCGGAUCUAUAUCUAUCACCAUUGGCCUUUGCUUGAGCCCUUCGGUUAUCAUUCCACGUGGUAUAUGA